GGUGCAGAGAAGUAAAUAGAAUGAGUGUUAUUGAAUUGUUAGUUUUGAUGAUCUGGGUAGUGGCAGCCCAGGAGUUGGAACCACCUUCGUUGGACAUCGAUUAUGGAACAGUGCAGGGUUCGUGGAGCAAUUCCUUGAGGGGUCGACCUUACGCAUGUUUCGAAGGAAUACCCUAUGCGGAGCCGCCAGUCGGUUCUUUGAGAUUUCAGAAACCUGUUCCUGCUUUGCCAUGGAGGGGAGUUUUGGAUGCGAGCAAUCCGCCGCCGGAGUGCCUACAGUACCAGGGAAUAGAUAAGAAGAUCCAGGGUAGCGAAGAUUGCUUAUACUUGAACAUCUUCACGCCAAUGUUGGCACCGGAGGAGCCUCUUCCCGUAAUUGUAUACAUACACGGAGGUGCCUUUCUGUACGGCACUGGCAACAAAUACUUUUAUGAUCCAUCAAGGUUGAUGGACUUGGAUGUAGUCUACGUCUCCAUAAACUACAGACUAGGGUCUUUAGGAUUUUUGAGCACGGGUGACGAUGUUGUUCCUGGUAACAACGGAUUGAAGGACCAGUCGCUGGCACUCCACUGGAUCAAGAACAACAUCCAUUCGUUCGGAGGAGACAACACCAGUAUCACCAUCUUGGGUGCAUCGGCAGGCGGUGCCAGUGUAUACUAUCACUAUCUCUCUCCGAUGUCAAGAGGUACUUUUACUCGCGGCAUCACAAGCAGCGGUUCUCCCCUGCAACCCUGGGCCUUUACCAAGCACCCCGCGAAGUACGCCAGGAGUCUUGCUGCACUUGCUAACUGCACUACCUCCACUUCCCAGGAGAUGGUAGACUGUCUGAUCAGCAGGCCCGCGGACGUGGUAAUGGCUGCUCAAAUACAGAUGUAUGAUUGGACGGUUCACGUGUUCACGCCCUUCGUACCAACAGAAGAACCAGCCAGCAGUGAAAACGCCUUCCUAACACAGGAGCCUCAGAAAAUCAUGCAAUCCGGGCACAUAUACAAUGCUAGCCUCCUAGUGUUAUCGUGCUCUGAGGAAGGAUUGUAUCCUGCCAUAAUGUUCCUGAAAUACCCCGGCGUGCUGAAGGACCUGGAUUCUCGCUGGGACCAGCUGGCCAGCGACAUUUUCAAGUUCAACGACACUCUGCCCUUCAGCAGGCACGCAGCUAUGGCCGCCAAGAUCAGACACCAUUACUUCGGAGAAGAGCCUGUCUCUCGGGAAACCUUCCCUCAAAUCGUUCGGGCACUGGGUGACCGCAUUUUCUCAGCUGGACUUGGUAAGACGGUGGAGGAACAUGCAGCGAUAACUGGACAACCUACUUAUCUCUUACGGUUCAGCUACCGUGGACAGGUCAGCAUGACCACCCUCAUACUUGGCAGCAAUGAGAACUAUGGCGUAUCUCACGGUGACGACACGGGCUAUAUAUUGAGCCCUGAUUUUGGGAAUACCGACGACAACCGAGUAGCCGACAUUCUCGUCAACAUUGUUUACACUUACGCCACAACAGGAGUUCCUAAAGUCCCGGGUACGCUUUGGUUACCGCAGUCGCCGAAUUCUAAACAGCUCAAUUACUUGGUACUGUCCUCGCCGGACCAGAUAGAGAUGAAGAAAACCUCAAACUUCGGCGACGAAUCCUUCUGGGACAGCCUCGGUCUCGGAAUAGGAAAACAUGAUCGGAAAGAGUUUGGUUAUAAUGAAGGAAGACAUUGCACUGAAAUUUAAAAGGAGCUUUCGUUUUAACCACCAAUGUUAAUUUAUCACCAUACGGUCGAGGCUAUUUGGUCACUCAGGAAACACAUACAUAUUUGUUUCUUAGGUUUUCACGCACAUCACUCAUUAAAUAAAACUUUUACGGGUUAAUGCUCGAAACUUUAUUUAUUUAUUGACGUUUCGUAGCCUUUACAGGCUUCGUCGUCAGAAUAAAACUUUACAGUAUAGGGACUCGGGUAAAAGAACAUAUCGCAGAUAUGAAACAUAGGCGCGAAAAUAAAUCUGCAGUGUGUGAACAUGCAUUAGGGGGACCAAACCACUACAUUAGAUUUGAUAGACCACAGAUCCUUGCAGCUGAGCGGCGGUUCGUUCCUCGAAUGAUGCGCGAGGCUAUUGAUAUUAAAAAAUAUCCAAAUUUCAAUAGGGAAGAUGGUUGAUAUAUACCACCAGCUUGGGAACCUAUUAUACAGGAGAUAAAAUCCCAACCCCGAGCACACACUGCAAGACCAUCAGAUACUAUUAGUUCUUUUUGUUUGCAUAAUUUAACAUAAGAAGGAGAUAGAAAGCCUCUCUUGAGUUUGUUUCGCCGGUUCUUCUCAGAAAGGUCUCCCAAUUUUGGAACCGGUGGUAGUUUACGGUAGUUAGGGUCAAAUAAAUAAACUCAAAAUUACAAAAAAGAAUUUUAAAUAAAAUACUUUAUUAAGUAAAUUAAAUAAUAAAUUCAUACAUAGACAAUAAAACUUAAAAAUCGA